AUGGUUUGGAAAAAGGUGGUUGUGAGUACAGGGGAGAACCCAGUGGCACGCUGGGAUUGGGAAUCACCAGUUGAUUUGCAUGAGGGGAAUAAUUCCCCCAUCCGAGAGCGUGGAGGUUGCAUCAAGGGAAGCAUUAAUAGCACGCGGGACAAAUCUGAUCCACUUUUCUUUGAACGUUUAGACUUGUCUGCAACUUACGAGGAUGGAUAUUCCAUAUGGAGGAUGGAUGUGGAGAUUGUCAUGAUCUUUCAUGUGAAAAAACACCCUGAUCUGCUUCCCUUCAUCUCCCUUGUCAUGCUAUCAGUUCUCACUUUAGGCCACUUGGCGCCUCUUGUGCUGAACUUUGAAGCCUUGUUCUUGAAAAGUUCUUGGAGUCAGCGGUGCAUAUUGCGUGAAAGUGUCGGGUGGCUUGAAGCAAACAAGGUGAAUCCUGAACACAAAGGUGGAUGUGCUGAAGGGGUGGCCGUAGAGGAGAGCCGUGCCGAAGGUGAUAUUGAGCUCACCAACCUUAUAAGGAAGAAUGAAAAAGAGAAAAAGGAAUGGGCUGAGAAACUGACUAAAUUGGAGCAGCAAUGUGACUAUUUGAUGGGUUCUGCUCAGUCGGGAUCUAAGGGGAAAGCUUCGUUCGCUGACGGUUUAUUUUCCACCACUGCGUCCCCCUUUACUGACCAGAUAAUGUCAUGUCGACUCCCGAGUAAGUUCAAAAUGCCUGAAAUACCUGUGUACAUGGGACUGGGGGACCCCAUCGAGCAUCUGGCAAGUUUUCGCGUACACACGAUGUUGCACGCUACACCGGACGAAGUUGCAUGUCGAGCUUUUCCCCUCACUUUGGCGGGGGGAGCUCGGGAAUGGUUCAGGACCCUGCCGCCUCGCUCAAUCCCGAACUUCGAAAGCUUUGCUAAGAAGUUCGCAUCUCAAUUCAUGGCCGGCAUUGUUCGAAAGAAGCCCACUCAGCAGUUGAUGACUAUUAAACAGGGCCCUCAGGAGUCGUUGAGAAGUUAUUUGCUCCGCUUCAAUCAAGAAAGGUCGGCUGCAGAGAGUCAAAGUGAACAGUUCAUCCAUUGUGCCAUAUACCAGGGCAUACGGAAGGAUGGUGCCUUUAUGGCAGAUUUGGCGAGGAGUCUAGCCGAGGGGUUGAAAGAGUUUUUGGAUCAGGCGGAAGAGUUUGUAAACCAGGAAGAAACUCUUCGUGCGUUCCGAGAGACGGAAGAAAUUACGAAGGAGAAUUCUACGACUGGGGGGAGGUCGAAGCAAAGAGCCACCCAAUUGAGGAAGGAGAUCAUGGAGCUUAGACCCGUCAGGAGAGUGGAGAAUUACAAUUGGACGUCUGUUAAUGCCCCAGCAAAGGAAAUUCUUAUGGAAAUCAGGAAAGUCCCGGGUUAUAAAGACCCAUCCCCAAUAAAGGGUAGGCCACUUCCUCAUAAUCGUCAUAAAUACUGCCACUACCAUGACUCUUAUGGCCACUGGACCAAUACUUGCUUCGCCCGAAAGGAGAUGAUCGAGAAAUAUAUAGCUGACGGUAAACUGACGCGCUUUUUGGGAAAGCGCAAAGAUCCGAUGGGCAAACACCCGCCGGACAGGGGCAAUGUACAAGCAAAGAAGGCACCACAACGAGAACGAAGUAGGAGCCGUGGGCGGCAAGACGGCCCCGAGGAUUUCUUCGAAAUCCAGACCAUUGCAGGAGGCUUUGGAGGAGGAGGCGAAACUUAUUCGGCUCGCAAUUCUUACGCGAAAGAAAUGAGGGAAGUAUCCAUCUAUGCGGUCGCAAGACCAUUGAAGACAGCGAGGCGAGAGAAGUUGGCCAUCACCUUCAUAGACGAAGAUUAUGAAGGGGUAUAUCUGCCCCACUCGGAUGCCCUGGUAGUAACCAUGGUGAUAGCGAAUCAUAAGAUAUAUCGCGUUUUGGUGGACAACGGCAGCUCAGCAGAUAUUCUGUAUAAGUCGGCCUUCGAUUUGAUGAAAAUUAGCAGAGAAAAAGUUUCUGCUUUCCGAUUUCCUUUAGUGGGAUUCGCAGGUGAUGCCCCUGGGGUCAAUCGAGCUGCAAGUUACCGUAGGAAGCCCCCCGGCGCAGAAGACGAUUCCAAUGAAGUUCCUCAUCGUUGA